GAAGUAUUUCCGUUUGUAAAGAUUUUUAUGCAUUUCUCGUGCAGAAAAAAUUUUUCCAAAUGCAGCCAUGAGUUGGUUUGGAGGAAAAGAUCCCACACCAGAAGAGUGUGCCAAAGAAAAUGCCAUAAAAAGAAGAAUUACCAAAGAAUUUUCCCUUGCUUUGAAGAGUUUAGAGAAAGAGUUUAUCAACACAGAGGAACCAAUCCAUAGUGGGGAUACAGCCAAUGCAGUAUGCAGUGCCCUAGAAGCUGUAUUCCUGCAUGGAUUAAAAGGCUCCUUUGCUAAGAAGAUGGUCAAUUUUCUUGGUGGGACUCCUGAUCAAAAAGCCCCCAGUGAACUGAAUUUUUGGAAGUUUUUGACUGCCUUCACUCACCAAGAUGUGAUUUCCCAGUUGAACCACUUGGGGCAGAUAACUACAGAGAUUGGAAUGUGCCGGUCUUGGAUCAGAAUUGCUCUAAAUGAUGGGAUACUGGAGAGUUACCUUGAGGCUAUGAUCAAUGAACAGAGCACAGUCAAAUACUGGUACAGAAGGACGGCCUUCCUGAGAGACCCUGAACAGCCAGGGAUACUGAAGACAUACUUACAAGGUCUGGCAUCUUUCAAGUUCCAGCUGUCGUAUAAUUCCAGUGUGCUCAACGUAUGGACAAUCACACCCUUGAUUCUCGUGGGAAUAUGGACGCCGCCAGAGACGCCAGCACCAGUGGUGCCUGAAGCUAUCAAGAGAAAGUCUUCACAGAUCAAGCCAACGUCCACCUCAAAGGCACUGACCACAGAAAACUCACAGCCACCAGGUGGCAGUCCUGUCCAAGUACAUUCAAAAAGACGCUCCAGAUCCAGAGUUGACAGCACAGGAUCCUCUUCCCAAACCGGUGAGCCUAGCCAAAGUAGUGAGGGCAAACUACCUCUCAGCAGCUCAUGGGAUGACAUAGAAAUAGAUGGCAGCACUCCACAAGACAAGACUGGGACCAUUAACACCAACAUCUCCCAAGGUGGCAGUGCUCAUCAAGAUGGGCUUCAGAUCACCAACAGAGAUCUAGAUGAUAUCAGAAGACAAGGAAGGCGAGGACCUGGGAGUGAUGUGGGUUCCGAGUGUUCCACUGCUGACAGCCAUUCUUCCUGCCCAGACCCUAAUGGCCUCAGAGGAAGCUACAGGUCAGAGGGAUCAUUCCUUCAGGCUGGCAGUUUGCCAGAAGCUGGAGGUCAAGGUCACAUGAAGCAGUUUGUAGAUGAACUGAGGAGAGAAUCCGUAGAGGAAAGGAUCCUGAGGGCAAGUGAAGAGGUGGUAAAGGCUAAAAUUAAUGAGGUAAGAAUGUCUCAAGAUGAUGAGGGACAGAUUUUUCCAAGUAAACCAUCCGAAGAAAAUUUUCCAAAACCAACAGAACCCCAUCUGGCACAAUCUCCUGGAGGUACAACCGCCCUAGAAGGCUCCGAUUUAGUUGCCAAGCAACCUGUACCCAUAGCAGCCAAUGACCAAGAUGAGACCAAACCUAUAUCUAUAGCUGCACCAUUUGGCCACAAGAGGCAGAAAUCUGGUCCUCUAGAACCUGUGAUAACUACAGCAGAGGCUGUAACUAUUGACACAUACUCCCAUGAAGAGGAAGACAUAGUCACGCUGAGGGGGAGACUGGGAACUUCCAUAUAUGAGAGUGACACUCUUCGGGCCAGGGCAGACACCAUUGAUUUUGCCACAGAAACUGAUCAAACUGAGGACCAAACUCCCUCAAGUGGCCUCCCCAAGCAUCACAGUGUUGGCAACAGUCUGGGUAAGAUGACUGGAUGGUCCACCUCUUUUGAAGACAAUUACUUGAACAAAGACUUCAUUCAAGACUCUGCCCCUUGUGAGGGGAGUGGCCAAGUUACCACGGAGACUGAUAGAAUGAUUGGCGGCUCUGGUGAGAAGGUGAAGGACACUGGUGAGGAACAAUCUGGGAUCCCCAUCAGAAAGGAAAUACACAGCUACCAGAGUGUGGUUGGAGACUACACGCCCUCUGGUGGCCACGGAAUGCCAGGCUCCAGUCUUAACGAUGUUCUGGAAAAUUUGAACCUUGGCUCACAAGUUCUAAGGGAAAGUGCAAUUAAGGGUCCGUCUUCCUGCUCAAGUUCUACUGAGCCAUUUCCGCAGGACUUUGAAGUGCUCACCAAAAGUGGGUCAUUUGGCGAGGAAGGGCAGAGACCAAAAACACAACAACUGAUAUCAGUGAUAGGAAAACUGCGCACAGAGAAGGGGUUGGAUCAUCAGAAUUACCAGUGUAAGGGUUGUGCCAGACCACUGGGCAUGUUCUAUGGCAAAGCCAGGGUGUGUACAUACGAUGCCUGCUACUAUUGCUAUGAGUGCCAUGAAAAUGAGGAGACAACCAUUCCUGCCAAGAUAGUGCACAGCUGGGACUUCAGAAAGCACAAGGUGUGCAAGUUCAACAAGGACUUUCUGGAGCAAAUGGAGGAUGAACCCUUGAUCAACAUGAAGGAGUCAAACCCCAGAAUAUAUGAACAUAUUAAUGAGAUGAAUGAUGUGAAACUUCUCCGUAUGCAGUUACGUUACUUGAAGACAUAUCUGUUUACCUGUAACCAGAACAUAGCUGAGGAGUUCAAGAGGAUGGUCUGGCCCAAGGAGUACCUGUUUGAUCACAUACACCUGUACUCAUUAAAUGAUCUUUACCAAGUGCAAUCAGGACAGUUAAGUCAGAGUUUGAAGAAAGUUGUCAAAUGGGCAGCUAAACAUGUGUACGAGUGCCGACUCUGCAGCCAGAAAGGCUUUAUAUGUGAAAUCUGUGAUAACCCAAAAGUGAUAUUUCCAUUUGAAAUUGACAGCACAAUCAGGUGUCAUAGCUGUAAAGUGGUAUUCCACAAGAGCUGCAAGACGGAAGGAGUGCCAUGCCCAAAGUGUGAAAGGAAAAAGAUGAGAGAAAUGAAACUAGGCAUCAACAUUUCAAACCAUGACUAUGCACAUUUUCCAGAUGAUUUAUGACCAAAUUGUGUCUGCUGUGACAGGGUUGCUCACCUAACACAUUAAGUCACAACCAGAUCGACAUCUUUUUUGACCUGAUUGUGAUGAUUGCAUCAGGUGUUCCACCAGACGCAAUCUGCCUUAACUCUGUGCCCAAAAUGUGCCUAAACUAGGUGGAUGUAAUUUGGGAUUGCGAUAGGUGUGCUGGUUGUCUCAACUCACACAUUGUGCAUUGCUGAGCUUUGAUUGUCAACAUUGUAUUGAAUUUUCAAUUUAGAAAUAGUCCUUUGUGUGCAAUUAACUGUUUUCCUCUGCCACACAUGGACAAAUUAUUUUGACUUCACAAUUAGUGAUGGAACUAUAAAUGGGUUGUGACAGAUGUGCCAAGGAUCUCGCCUAACACAAUUCCACAGGGAAAGCUACUUAAUCAGAGCAUUGAGAAGCAUUGUGUGACUUACUGGAAGCGCAUUAAUAAAUGAUAACUGUUAUUGUUUUACACUAUGAUGGGUAGAUUGCCAACGAAUGCAGAUGAAAGAGAUUCAUAAGUUUGACCUUUUAAUUGAAACAUGACGUCAGGGUUGAAACUUGAUCGACAAUCGCUCAGAGGUUAAUUUUUGAUACACAUGACAAUUUUUCUGAAAUAUUUUAUUUAUUCAUUCAGAUUAACAGUAUAAUAUAAUGUAGCCAGGCUCUGAUCAAACAUAUACAAUUUGGUGCUGUUUUGAAUGUAAUUAACAGAGGGAUAAAGUUUCACAAUAAAAGUCCUCUUUUGUU